AUGAUGGCUUCAUUCAAUUAUACUCUAUUUCAUCCAUAUUCGUUUCUCCUUGUGGGAAUUCCUGGACUGGAAAAUGUACAUAUAUGGCUUGGUUUCCCUUUCUGUGCUGUGUAUUUGACAGCUGUCCUUGGAAAUAUUUGCAUACUUUUUGUAAUUCAGACUGAUAGUAGCCUCCAUCAGCCCAUGUUCUACUUCUUGGCCAUUCUGUCAUCAAUUGAUCUGGGACUAUCCACAUCAACCAUCCCUAAGAUGCUUGGAAUCUUCUGGCUCAACCUAAGAGGAAUCUCCUUUGAGGGCUGUCUCAUCCAGAUGUUUUUCAUUCACCUAUGCACUGGCAUGGAGUCAUCUGUACUUGUGGCCAUGGCCUAUGAUCGUUAUGUGGCCAUCUGUAACCCUCUUCAUUACACAUUAGUGCUGACAAACAAGGUGGUAUUCAUCAUUGCGUUAAUCAUUCUACUAAGACCUUUAUCGUUCGCCAUACCUUUUGUUCUGCUUAUCCUACGGUUGCCAUUUUGUGGACAUCAAAUUAUCCUUCAUACUUAUUGUGAGCAUAUGGGCAUUGCCCGCCUAUCCUGUGCAAAUAAGGUCAACAUCAUCUAUGGCUUAUGUGCCAUUUCCAUCCUGGUAUUUGACAUCAUAGCCAUUAUCCUCUCCUAUGUCCUGAUCCUUCGUGCUGUCUUUCGACUCCCUUCCCAUGAUGCUCGGAUCAAAGCUCUCAGCACCUGUGGCUCUCAUGUAUGUGUCAUGUUGGCUUUCUACACACCAGCCUUUUUCUCAUUCAUGACCCAUCGGUUUGGCCACAAUGUGCCACGUUACAUUCAUAUCCUUCUUGCCAAUUUAUAUAUGGUUAUUCCACCUGCUCUCAACCCUGUAAUUUAUGGUGUCAGAACUAAACAGAUUAGAGAAUGGGUGCUGAAAAUAUUUUCCAAGAAAUGA